UAAGCUAUACAAAAGCACUGCCUCCUCAACCGUCUGGGACAAACAGCUCCUGCUGCUCCAACUCAGCAGAGCACAGCUCCACACUGGCUGCUACCACUCAGAAUUUAGCAGAAUGUUGCUGAGCAGAAAAACCUUACUGGGCCAUGAAGUUGUAUUUAUGCUAAUUCUACACUGGAGUGGGUUUAUCCAGAUGAAUGGAUUGACAGUUGCUCCGCCGGAGGAAGUUGAGAUACAUGACCAGGGACGUCUGGGACAACUCCUGAUAACCUGGAGCCCCCCAGCCAGCCUGCUCAACAGGACCGACUGCACCCUGCGCUACCAGCUGGAGUAUCUCAACUCAUACAAUGGCAGGUGGACGGCAAUCAGAACAGUGAGGAGGAGCUACAGAGCUCAGUUUGACCUUGAGAAAGCAGUAAAGGUCAGACUGUACACACUGUUGAAAGGAGCCUCCACUAACUACUCAGAGAUCCAGAGCAAUUUUACAGAUCUGACCGUGCAGCCCUCCAACACAGGUGUCAUUGGCUCCAGGGUCCAGGGAUUUUCCUGUGUGUUCCAUCAGCAGGAAUACUUGGAGUGUACCUGGCUCAAUGGCCCUGACGUCCUGGCCAAGGCCCAGUACAACCUGUACUUCUGGCAUAGUGACAUGGAACAUUCUGAGGAGUGCCCAAGCUACAUUGUUCAAAACAGGGCUAGGACAGGCUGCAAUUUAUCACAUGAUCUUCUUGAAGAGUUCACUGAUUUCAACAUCUGUGUGAACAGCUCCUCUCCAGGCGUGGUUGUGAGGCCUGCCUUCUUCUCCCUGCAAGUUCAGAAUCAGGUGAAGCCUGCAGCUGUGGAGGUGAUUGAUCUCUGGGCAGAUCCAGACGGGAAAGUUAAGCUGUACUGGGAUCCACCCCAUGGGAGAGUCCCUGAAGGCUGCUUGGAGUGGGAGGUGGAGAUCAGUGAGGAAAUUAAAGACAGACCAUUAUUGCUGAGAACGAGUGUAACCAGAGACACAACCUUCACACAUCUCUCCAAUGGGGACACUGAGAGGGAGUGCUUCCGGGUCAGGUCAAGGGUGCACCAGUUUUGUGCUGACAGAGGAUUCUGGAGUGACUGGAGUCUACGGUCCUGUGAUCGAGAUAUACAGGUUGUUCCAGAGCAAGACCUGGAUGUGGGGGUGGUUGGUGCCGUGGUUGGCAUCACAGUGUUAAUCCUGUCACUGUGUUUGGUGGCAGGGUGGACAGUGUGUACGUCCCAAAAGAAGAAGGCCAAACUCUUCCUGUCUUCUGCAUAGGAUGGGACAUUGUACUGAGCAUCCAUCUGAAGACGUGCAGCAGUCUUAACACUGACCUCUACCACUACUACUGACUACUGUAACAUUGCAGUACUGUUAUUAAAAAAUUGUCUUUAUAUAAUUACAAUUACAAUUAGUCAUUUUAGCAGACGCUCUUAUCCAGAGCGACUUACAGUAAGUACAGGGACAUUCCCCCCGAGACAAGUAGGGUGAAGUGCCUUGCCCAAGGACACAACGUCAUUUGGCUCGGCCGGGAAUCGAACUGGCGACCUUCAGAUUACCAGCCCGAUUCCCUCACCGUUCAGCCACCUAACUCCCCGUAUCUCUGACCUUAUCAGCACAUUAAGGUCUCAAACCAGGUGCUUUUAUAUAUACCAUGCCAAGUAAAAGGAUGUUUGUGCAUUCUUUGUUUCUGCUCCAGUGCUGUAGAAUAACCUUUCUGAUUCUGAUUCACUGUGGGUCCAGUCUUCCCCUCGCCUCGAUACAUUUAAAUUCUCAUUUAAGACCCGUCUAUUUUCCUUACAGAGUCCUUGUUGAGUCUCUAUAAGGCACUGUCAUAGUUGUCCUGUCUGCUUGUGUGCUAUGUCAGGUAGAUCUGGGUUUUGUUAUGUGUAUUUUGUCUCGAGUGUCAUGCUCCGUGUAUAUACUUCUGCAUUGUUUCUACUGUAUGUAUUUUUAUACUGAAUAUAUCAGGUUGUUACCUAAAAAUGUAAUGUUUUUUUUUUUUACUUUGCUCCAGUUAUGCUAUUUAGUAAAGGGGUCACUAUUUACUCCUUAAAGCCACUAGUCUUGCCAAGCAACGUGGAAGUGUGUAUCUACUUUAAAGUGCCUCUUGAAAGUAUGUGAAUACAGUAGUUUUUACACUGAAACAGAAAAAAAGAAAACCCUACCUAUGUGCUGCAUAGCAUACAGUAUUUUCAAUGUGUUCCUUGCCAAAAUGAAAUGUAUGUAUAACUGUUUACAAUGCCACAGUUCUUGCCAUUACACGUUACAGGUUAAUGUAUGCUUUUUAAUGUUCAGUUAAUGUACGGGAUUACAAUUGACAAAAUAAAAAUUAUAUGUUUAAAAGUA